UCCGCUAGAAAAUGUCGGCGUUCGCACUGUAACGGUGUCUCCGGUUUCCCAUUUUUUUUUUGUGCACUUUUUUUGUUUCCUUCUGUUUUUCAUUUCUUAACUUUUUUUUCUUCUUAUCCUUCGCAAAAUUAUCGAAACUCAAUCGAAAAACAAAUUGAUGUGUGAUUCGGACUAAUCGACGUCCAACGAUAAGCGCGGCCUCGAGUUUUGAUUUAUGUUUUGACUUCGAAUUUGAUUUUUUUUUUCGGUCGGCGAUUCAAAAAUGUUAAAAUAAUUUAAACAGUGUAAAACGAUAGGUUAAGUGAAGCGAACGAAUCUUAAUGUGUUUUCCCGGGCCUCCCAAGCACAGAGGACACCGCUUACCACACUAGUAGUGAUAGUAUUCGUGUGUUUGUGCCACUAAAAAAAUGUUCCAGCAAUUUUGAUAUUUCUGUGUCGUGGCACAACCAUACGAUAUGAUAUGAUGUGAUAUGAAUUUUUUCAAUGAAAGUGAUUGGAACAUAUCUACCAAAAAGUGUUAAAAUUUUAAGAAUACCAAAGUGACAGUCAACAACGGAGAACCAUGUCCACGCAAGAUCUACGGGGUCGAAGGUCGACACUUCUCCAACGCUACCAACCAGGAGCCGGAUCUCAGGAUCCAAUACAGCAUCCGAAGGACCCCGCCACUAUCGCUAGAUCAACCAGUCAACGAAGUCUUCAGAACUCAUCACUUUUGCAAAAGUACUACUCGAAAACGACGUCACAAGACCUGCGAACAGAACCUCCGACUCAACCCGAAACUGCUCCAUCCGAACCAAAAAGAUCCAGCAGUCAACGCAGCUUGGAUAAAUCAAAGCUGUUGCAACGCUAUUACAAGCAACACUCACAGGAUUCACCAGAAGUUCCGACGCCGGAACCACAGCGAUACAGCAGUCAGAAAAGCUUGGAAAACUCAAAAUUACUAAAACGGUAUAAUGCUGUUAACAAUUCUCAAGAAUUCACCGGGCUCGCACCUAGAGAAAGCACACCUGUGGCCCGAUUUACACGCAGUGGAAGUUUGGAUUACGACAAAGCGGCACGUUCAUCAUUGCUGUCCAAAUAUACGCCAAGAUUUGGAAAAUCAUUAGACAGGAACAAAAUUACACCGGUUACUAGCAGUUACAGUAACUAUAGUAGUCAACAAAGCCUUGACCAACAGGACUCAACCCAAAACAUUACUUCUUCGCAAGCAAUCGGUGAUUAUGGAGGUGAUCAUUACGAUCAAUAUGACGCUCAGAACAUCCGCAGUCGGUCGUCAAGCGUGGCUCGAGGUCUCAACCGUAAAAGUUUGCAUAGGGAUCUGGGACCUCUGGAAAAGGAGAAUAUUCCACUUGAUCCGGUUACUCCUGAAACACUACCGGUGGUGGCGGCAUCGGUACCCAUAAUGGGUAAUAUAGCAUCAGCACUACCAAUGCCCAUGUUAAGUGCCGUAACUCCCGCUCCUAUAUUCGAAAUCAGCGAACCAAUUCAGGAACCGGUUAUCGAAACGACGCAUCCUUCAGUGCCGACACAACCGGUCAUAGGAUCAGAAAUACCAAAACGUAAGGAGCCGGUCAAGCCUCCUCGGAAGGAUUUGGCUCCCUUGACGACCGUGAGUAUUCCCAUUCCCAACAUCAAAACCACAAUCACUGUCGAACCACCAACGCCUCUCAUCCCACCCAAAAAGGAAGCACCUGUCGUUCCGAAAGACCCAUCACCACCACCACCACCAUUGUUCAGCAGUAGGGAUCGCAUGGAACAUUACGGAGACGUUACCAUUCCGUCAUCUUCACCACCAUCUCAAGCACCGUCGAAGCAACAGCACAAAUCACCUGCACGCAAUUCGGCAUCGAAAAAAGACGCCCUCCUUCUUCCGAUCAGUGACUUCAGUAGCCGCCGCAGCAUGACUGACCUGCGCCAACACAAAGAAGAGCAAAACAACGCGUUUGUGAUGGAAAUUGACGAAUUCAGUGACAGACAUGAGCUGAGCACCUUUACGAAGAGAAGAAACUCUGUUAAGAGUACUCUUGCAUCUGCUUUCGAACAAAUUGCCGUACUGUCCGUGCCACAAGCGUCGAAUGUAUUCGAACAAACUGAAGAAAACAUCGAGUCACUUCCUUCAGAUCGAAAACUUAAAAAGCGCGACCAUACCUAUCAUCCGUCCUUUGUGCCAAAGCAAGCCAAGUUGGAAGAAAACGAAAGGAAGAAACAAGAAGAAAAGGCAAAGCACGAACUACACAAGCAGGAACAGGAACGCAAGAAAGAGGAAGACAAAUUGAAGAAAGAAGAGGAAAAACUCCGAAAGGAACACGAAAAACUGAAAAAGGAAGAGGAAAAACAUCGCAAGGAAGAUGAGAAGAGAACAAAAGCCGAGGAAGAAAAAAGUAGGAAGGAAGCCGAGCGACAUGCUAAGGACGAAGAGAAACGAAUGAAGGAGAUGUUUGCCAAGGAAGAAGAAAAGCGCCUAAGAGAGAAAGAAAGGCUUUUAAAAGAGGAUGAAAAGCUAUUGAAAGAGGAAGAAAAACGAUUGAAGGAGGAGGAAAAGCGAAAAAGAGAUGAAGAUAAAAGGAAGCAAAAAGAAGAAAAGAAGAAAGCAGCGUCGCAAAAGAAAACUUCAGUAGACCAAAGUCCAACAGAACAACCGGAAGAAGAAACUUUGGAAUUCGGUAACCAUUUGGAACAGUACAGCAUUUCGGGACCGGAACAACAACGAAGCAUACCAGUAGGAAGACCACGGUCUGGUGGGACACCUCGCGGCAGUCAGGGUGCUCUUAAUCGUCACACUUUACCGGCCAUGUCUUCACCACCCUUGUUUGGCAGCCAACAAAACUUGGACCGAAGCGGUGGAGCUCAAUCAAAAAUGUUGCAACGCUAUGCCAAACGAAGCGGAUCGCAAGAUUUCACGCAUUCCACGGACAUUGCAGAGGCUCAAAAGUUCAUCAAAGAUGUGCACAUGAGCCAGGGCAGUUUGGAUCACCAACGAGCGGCUCGUUCAAGUCUUCUCCAGAAGUACACCCCGAAACCCCUGAGUGCAUCUGCGGCGACCGGAGGACAAGCUGCAAUACCAGCACAGCCACCGACACCAAAAUCCACCAGUCAAGUUAGCCUGGACAAGACUCGUAUCGAAAAGUCAUCGCUUCUACAGCGGUACAAGCCGAGAAGUGAAUCCGCCGAUGGUCGGGUAACAACUACAGACGAACCAUUCGAUUAUCCGGACAGAGAACAACGAAUGGCUGCAGUUGUGUUUACACCCAAAAAGCUGUCGGAUAAACCAACAUUUGACUACCGCGAUCACGAAUAUGAGCCAAUCGGUGAGCCAGUUGACGAUAAACCAACCGAAGCGAAGCCUACGGCAACUAAGGGCAGUUUGGUACCACCGACCGACGAUCAAAACAGAAAACUGUCCAGCGCCUCGCUGCGUGUCCCAACCGAUGAAGGCGAUACGAUCAGCAUGGAGGACCUUCAAAAGGACAUUGAGGAUCGAUACUUCAACCGUACCAUGGAGGAACAAGCCACAACUGAUGUAGCCGAACCGGUCGAGGGCUUAGCAGCUACACAGGAGAAAACUAGCAAAGUUAAGGCAGCCAUGGCCCGAGCUCAGGAAGGUGGCAAAAAGGCAAUGGCCAGAGCACAAGAAAGUAGCAGAAAUGCAAUGGUCAAAGCACAGGAAGGCAGUAAGAGCCUACACCAGAAGCUUCGGAAACAAACCGAUAAAUUCAAGACCAAAAUGUCCCAUAUCAACAUCAAGAAGGACAAAGAUGUCGCUCCUCUAGCGACUCCAGAAAUUGUUACGACACCCGAAAUUGAGAGACUGGAUUUCACUCUCGCAGAGCCCAAACCAGAACAGGAGACAGGCGAAAUCGAACCCGCUCCGGUAGCAGCUAAGGAAGCUGCACAAGAAGCAGAAACCGAAGAAGGUGCCCCCGAAAAUGGCACUACAAAGAAGAAAUUCAGGGGUGCUGAUUUUAGCAAAAUCAAAAAUAUUCAUAUGCCGAAAAUCCAGAAACCAGAAUUCAAACGCCCAGAAUUCACGAAGAUCAGUAAACCGAAGAUGCCUAAGCUCAAAACACCCGACAUGUCCAAAUUCAAGCGCCCGGAAAUGCCAAAGUUCUUAACUGAAAAACCAGAUUUCUCAAAGAUUAAGAUGCCUGAGAAGAUCGGUACCAUUAAGAUACAACGAAGCAAAUCUAUGAAGGAACCGACCGUGUCUGCUGCUGCAAGUGCUGCGUCUCCAUCGGACGCUGAGACACCAUCGGUUAUUGGCGCAGAUGGUACUAAAAAGAAGCUGGAUUAUACUGAUUUCAGCACCUAUCCACGACUGUUGGACAAAUUCAAGCGCCAAAAAUCUACUCCUAGCAAUGUGAGCGUACGGGCAGCUACUCCUCCGCCACUGGAGUUUACAAAGGCUGGUAAGACAUCGCGAUCCAAGGGCACCACAGUCGUCUCCAGAUGGGCUGAGAAGUCAUCAGAGGAUGCAGGCAGCAAUCGCUUCUUCUCUGGCAGUGAACUGGGCGAGCGUGAAGGAUCUGUUGAAAGACGUAUGCGUCAACGAUUGGAAACAGCCGAAUUAGAAGCUGCAGAACUUCCAGUUACCGCCGAACAGAAGCAACUUGAAGAAUACGACAAAGAGAAUCGCGAGAUUCAUCUUUUGUCUGCCGCCCGACAUGACGAGUUUAUGAAACGCAAACCACCUAUGGAGCGUCAAGAAUCUGACCUCGCGUCGGAGGAAGAGAAGCAGUUCUGGGCAAGCUCGCUGGGGCAGAAGAUCAGACAGAAUAUUGAUAUGAAUAGCAAUGAUUUCGAUUUUCUCGAUGAAGAGGAUCGCCUUCGUACAGCUCGCGAAACUGAAACCAUGGGACUGAGCGCACAAGAUCGUGCAAGAUUUCUGGGUGAAACAAUAGGCGAACAUUCGGAGAAGGAUUACGACAUGCGAUCGACAACUCCCUAUUCCAACAAAGAAUGUCAGUCUUCUGGAAGCUCCGGUAUCCGUCGUCGUAAAGGCGUUAUUGAAGAAAUUGACGACGACGAAUUCUUCCUUCGUCAAAAGGGUAUCUCCAAAGACAACAUUCAAAUGGGUGAAUACAUUAGUUCCGCUAUAAAGGAAGGUCUGAGCACGCCUAAGAAUGCACUGGCUGAAAUGGGAAGGUACGACUCCUACUUCGACGACGAAGCAGAUGCUAGUGAACGGAUGAGCAUGGAAUAUCGCGCAGAACAGGGUGCUGGAGGACGCUACUAUCAGCCCAGCCUCGAAUCGGAUGACAUUUCUAACAAACAGAGCUUCACUGAUGAAUUCCGCAAACAAGCUGACUUCUACAAAACAUUCCCUCCAGAUCGCCCCAUGAGGAAGCAUAAAAAAUCAUACAAUGACGAACAGUAUGAUGAGGAUGACCACCAAAAGGUACCUUAUGAUUCGUACCAACAGGAGCAGGAGGAGGAGGCCAAUAUGGAUUUCUACAGAAGAGAUCGUAAGUAUGGUAGCGAACAGCCGGAAAUCCACAUUGAGCAAGAAGAACACUUCAUGGAUCAGGAAAGCGUAGGUAAUGGAUUUUUCCGCAACGGUACGGCCGUGCCACCAACGCCACCCAGGCGUCGCAAGAAGCGCUUCCGUGAUGUCACACCAUCAGAUCUUGCACCAUUCGGAAACGGUUUAACAUCCAAGCCCAUUUACAAUAGCUUUACCAUAGGACCCGAAACGCACAUUUUCAAUGCCGAGAUUCCAUUGGCACAGGAGGAAAGUUUCACAACACCUUUGCCAACUCCAAGAAGAUCGCGCUCACGAUCACAGAUUUCGAAGCUCAACGAUGACGAUAGAACCUCAAGAGGAGCGGAGUCCUACAUCUUCGGAGCCGAAGACAACGCCCCGGUUAAGCAUAACAUCGAUAUGUCUGACUCAAACGGCUACGCAAUCGUACGGAAAGAACCCCCGCCACGUCCACCAGCUCCGAUCCGUCGUAGGAAGUCAACCCAUUCUUUGGAAGAACAUCGUCAAUUCAGCACACUACCAAACUUCCAUUCGGUGUCACCAGCUCGCCCGACCCGUAAUUACAGUACGAUAAAUCCCAACAGACCCCCACGUGGUAGAUCAGUUAUAAGUUUGAACGAAAAUCAAGCGCAACCAUCGGGCAUUAGCAAGGAAGAUAUUACUCAGUACGAAGAAAUCGAGGCCGUCGAUAAUCAAGCUAAACUACAGCUUCAAUCAGGUGAGGUUGUGAAAAAGAUGAAAGAUCGACCGCUACCUCCUCCACCGCGUCCACCGAGAGAUACCAGAAAACCUCGUAAAUUCGACCAGGAUGACAGACAUGACUUCGAUGGAGGUGCUGAAAGGAUAACACCCUUCGAUAUGAUCGAAGCACGAGUGAUUCAGGAAGUUGAAAUCGCUAUACAAACGGAUCCUGUUUCUGAUGAUUUUGAUCUGGAUAUUGAAGUAUCCGAAACUAUGGGUGAGGUUGACAAAUCAGCCAAAACUCUCCAACAAAUCUUGAAACAAGAACAACAAGCUGAGAUAGAUCGUGCUCGCCAACUGGCUGAGGCAAACAAUUUAAUGAGGGAUAUUCAGAAAUUUAGAGAUUCUUCGUCGUCGUUAUCACAGCACGGCAGCCGACCGGAAACGCCAUCCGCAAUGUCGUUCGAGCGUAGAGUUUCAGCACCUUCUACUUCCCAUAUGAUGGCAUCUUUGAGUAACGAGAAUCUUACCGAACAAGAUUUGGCCAACAUCGAUGAUGACAAGUUUAUAGCAGAACUAGUGAAAAAGUACGUCUCGGAAGAGAAGGUCACUGACGGAUUGAAAAAAUCACAGAAACCAGCAGAUGAGCCUAAGAGGAAUUAUUCUGCUGAAAAGAUUGAUUCGACCAGACUACAUGAAAUGGAAUCAAUGAUUGUUCAGGAAAAUAUGCUGAAGCAAGAGAUGAGAGUCGUUCAAUCCGAACCAUCCGCACCACCUCGGAGACGAUCAUUGGUAGCUUCCACUCAAGAUAUACCGACAAGCAUCGAAAUUCCAUCCGAUAUGAUCGAGGAAAUUGUAGAACGACUAAGAACCAACGAACAACAGCACAUAGCAGAACUAGAACAGCUACAUCAACAUCAGCUGGAUGAUGUGAGAAGAGAGCAAGAGGAGCAAAGAAAACUACAAGAGCAAAAGUUGGAAGAACAACAAAAGAUACUGCUGGAACAGCAAAAUCAACAGCUUCAUGAAACUCAGCAACUUAAGGAACAAAUUCUACAACAACAAGAACAGCAAACGUCGCUUCUUCUUCAACAGCAACAACAGCAACAGCAGUUGCUACUGGCUCAGCAACAGCAGCAGUUGCUACUCCAGCAGCAAGAAAAGGAGAGGGAGUUACAACGUGAAAGAGAACGCGAACUCCUUCGAGAACGUGAAAUUGAGUUGGAGAAAGCUCGUGAAAGAGAACGGGAACUGCACCAUGCCAGGGAGCUGGAAUUGCAGCGAGCCCGCGAAUUGGAACAGCAGAGAGCGAGAGAAAUUGAACAGCAAAGGUUACGCGAACUGGAACUCCAACAUACAAUGCAAUUGGAGCACCAACGUCUGAGAGAACUAGAGAUGCAGAGAGCUCAAGAGGUUGAAAUGCAACGUGCUCGGGAAGCUGAGCUACAGAGGGCUCGUGACGCAGAAAUACAGAGAAUUCGCGAAGUUGAACUGCAACGCGCUCAAGAAACGGAAAUGAAACUUAAGGACAUUGAACGCCGAUUGAUGGAAAGCCAAGCCAGCGAAACCCAAGGAGAUGACGCUGUAUCGGUUGAGGAAAAGUCAGAAACUGUAGCUGAAUUGCUGCGUACCCAGGACGCGGAAUUGUGUAAGCUUAAGGAAAUCGAACGCAGAAUGAGAGAAAAUCAAGCCAGGGAAGAUGAGGCUGCUUCAUUUGAGCCAAAGUCAGAAACAGUAGGCAAGGAAAAGAAAGAAGCUACCGAGCCAGUAACAGUUGCAUCCGGCGAAAAUGUAGCUGCAGAAUCUUCCCCAGUGCGUCCACCACCACCACGAAUAAGCUCUCAUAUACCGAUGGCAUCUCAAUUCCCUUACCAGGAAUAUUUGCCAUACGCACUUCCACCACAACCGUUCUAUCCUGCUAGAAAUUAUUCCGAUGAAGAAGGAGCUUACCCACAAGCGCCUCACCGUCGCCGAAGACAUCACCGCUCCAGAAGGGAAUCUACUUCGGAGGAGGAAUUCCAGCGUGAACAACGGAAACAACGCCACGAAACGCGCUCCCCAGAGCCUUCGAUCCCGGCUCUGAGCAGCCAGCUAAUCCGUGCCUGUGGUACUUCCAUUCGCGACACGGGAGAUGAACUCAUGACGAUUUUGCGAGCAAGCAGCAAAGACGAAAACAAACGAGACCUGCACAUUGCUCUCAUUAUUCUCAUUGUCAUCGUGGCCGGACUGAUGGCUCUGGGAAUGAGCGGAGAAAAAUCUGUCCACCACCACCAUUGGGAUUACUUCAACCCACCCGGCAGCAGCGGGAACGCCUAAGAACACAAAUCAUGUUGUGAUAAGACCCACAAUACCGAUAAGGCGCUUCCAUCGAUUGAUAACCAUUGCUUCUUGGAUGAAGAUACCUACUUGUUCACACCGCUUUUUACUAUUAUAGAUUUUUCAUAGCAUCAAUAUGGAAUUGUUAGCUCUUGUCUUAAUGCAUCGUGUUAAUCUUAGAAGAUCGUUAAUUUUAUUUAAAAAAAAAUCUACAAUCUGCAUUUGAGCGUUUACUUAACAUUAGAACUCGAUCAUAAACUUGUUAAAUUAUAUUUAUUUCACCACCUACUAUUUACUAAUCAUUGUCAAUUUCUCACAGCGCACAUAAGCCCGCACAUUGUUACACUGUACUGCACUUUCUAACAAAGUUCUAGGACAAUUUCUUUGGAAAAUGAAUCGAAGUUUUUUUUUUUUGCUAAAUUUGUACAGUAGAAGCUAAUAUCGAAAGCCAAUACGAACUUCAAAUAAAUAACACACAUGGUUCGAAAACCACGAGUUUCAGUGCUAGUCAAAGAAUGUAUAUAGGGAGUAAAGAUCUGGAUAUCCGACCCUUCAUUGUUAAUUUAUUUGUUUUUGUAUCAUAAUCACAUUUCGAGAGAGAAAUAAUAAACUUUUUUUGGCAAA